ACCAUGGAGAAACGUGGAUGGAAGAGCGUGAAUAACGCAUCCCCUUCAGCCCAGGAAUUAGAGCAAGCUUAUGAAGAGAUCAAGGAUCUUCCCAGAGAAAAGUUAGUGAAGCUAGAGAAGGAUUUUAUUUCAACUUGUGUAUCAUUGAUUAAGAACGGUAUUGAGUCAAAAGAGUCUUCUAAAGCCCUCAGAAUUCUGCUGAGAGCUGUCAAGGAAGACUGAGUCUUUGAAACAACAUUCUCAAAAGCUUUGAUCAAGAAAUGCAAAAUUGAGAGGCUCCUCGCAUCUUCUGAUGAGGAUGAGGUGAAUACCGCUCUUGAUUUUACAAGUUUUAUCCUAAGGAAAUCCCCUGAGAUUGAUUACACAGACUUAUCUGAAGAGUCUGGCAUUCUACACAGGAUCAAAAGAGGUGAAUCUUCAAGGCAAUGGGGAGAUUUAGAGGAUCUGAACAACGCUCAACAACAGCUCUUCAAAGCUUUUGAGGAUCAUGGAAAAACUGUAGGAAGCGCAUUCCAAGAAAUUUACAACCAUAUCGAGAAGAUCCGUGGACAGCUCUCAGAAGAUAUUAAAUAGCAACAGGGAGGAAAACAUCAGAUUGAAUAACUAUAUAGAAGCAUUUAGAGACAAACAGCCUGGACCUACGACUGAUAAAAAGUCGGCUCUUGAAAGUGUAGCCAAGAUAGAUUCGACCUUCAACCAUUUUAACUCAAAAAUCGAUGAGAUCGAGUUGUUUCUAAAUGACAAAAUUAUUAAAAGAAUCGAUCUCCUUGAACAACAUGAGGGGCACUUUGAGGAACAGAUAAAGGCCGUGAUCAACAAACUGAAGUUCCUAAACCAAAAAUCUAGCAAGAUUGAAGAACAGUUGAAUGAGAAUCAUGAAAAUGGAAUUCUGAAAACAGAUGAAAUCUACCAAACCAUGGAUGAUAUCAAGAAGUUAGUCCAAAAGAAAGUAUCCAGGCUUGAGCAGUUAGUAAUCCAAAGAGAAAACCAGGACAUUCCUACCUACGCAGAUAUGAAGGUGGCUUUCCAGAAGAUAAAAUAAGCUUGAAGAGAAUGUCCUUGCAAUACGCACCUAUCAGCAUGAGCUAGAUGAGGUCUUUGGGCUUCAGAGCAAGGAAAUAGAUUCCUUGAUCAAGAUGACGUCAAAUAACAAUUAUAUAAAGAUUCGUGAAAUAGAGGCUAGUAUUGACAAUUCCAAGAAAGAGUUCACAGAUUACCAAGAUUCCUCUGAUAUGAAGCUCAAAGAGAUCCUCAAAGAUAUGGAAGCAGUCAAGCAACAUAGGAAGAAGUUAGAAGCACUAGAGUGGGCUGAGGAUGACUCAGCAAAGCUUAGCGUGCUCGUAGCCGAGUCUGAGCAGCUUUGGACUUUUGUUCAAGGCUUUGUUGAUGAACAGAGUAUUACUAAAACUAAGAUAAUGAAGAAUUUGAAAUUAGAUCUUACUGAACGGAUGAAUGCAUUUGAAUGGGUUUCUAGAAAUGCUAUAUAUCUCACACCACAAGCUUUAAGUCACUGUGUAAAUGUAUUUAAACUCCAGUAUUCUCAUGAGGAUCCAGAGAUUUCAAACAGAUAUAUACUUGGAUCUCACCAGUCCCAUCUUGCCCAAACAGUUUGUUCGAAACUGAAAAAGUUAUGAAAAGUUGCUAGAAAUGAUGAAAAUGAGCAGAAAAUAUUCUCUCAGUUGUCCAUCCUUGAACCUGCACUGAUCAAUGAUAUGAAUCUUGAGCUUGUUUUAACCAAGAAUAUGCAUGGUGUUUUCUUACAGUUAAUCAACACGAAAGCAUUGAUGGAGGAAAUUACUAAGCCAACAACUCAAUCUCUAAAAUAUCUCAUGAGGUGCCUUGCUAGCUCACUAAGAAGUGAGGAUUCUAUCCUGAUGUAUCUCAAUGAAAAAGAUUGCAUCAAGAAGUUAGGAGUUGUCUUAAAGUAUGUCAAUGACCAAGAGAUCCUUGCUAAUGCCUCAAAAUGAAUCAGAUUGUGCUGUAAAUAACAAAGCCAACAUAAAACAGAUUCAGGAAGAUUGUUCAGAUCUGCCAAACAUUUUGGUAGACACCAUUAUCAAAAAUGUUGAAAGUCUGGUCAUUACACAUGAGGUUUUGGUUGCACUAACUUUCUUCACAGCUGUAGUUGAUGCUGUUCCACAUCUUCAGCUUGACAACCUAAAAGUUCUGGUACAGCUACAUAAGGAUACCUCACAUGAAAAGGUUAAGAGUAAUAUAAAAGUGAUCUUACUCCAGUGAGCAAGGAUCUUAGAGUACGAAGAUGAGCUGGGCAAGCUCAAUGCUGGGUAUAUACUCACAGAUUAGACCGCAAUAU